UAUGGAUCCAAUGAAUAUUCCAGCUGCUGGAUCAAGACCUUAAAAAUAGACUCUAGAUUAAGCACCUUCUGUUAGAUAGAAGUAUAUAUUUUUUAAUAUAUAAUAGUCAACAAUAACGAUCAGAUAUCUUUGGUGUUAAUUCAGGUCCUGUGGUCUAAACUCCUAGCAGACAAUAGUAGCGUGCUAAAACUGAUAUUUUUGGUGUUGAAUAGAGUGCAACUUAAUCACUUGCUUAAUCAAGAGUUGAAGUAAGAUAUUAUUCUAAUUUCUAGACAAGAUAGACUAAUACUUAUUAGUCAAAUAUAUUUUAAGUAGAUCCAUCUGCUAAUAACACGCAUACAGCUAAAGAGACAAUUAAGACAUAAAAUAAAGGAAAGAAUACUUAAGCAAGACAUUAAGAUCAUGGAAAAGAUUUUUUAUUUGGAAAAAGCGGUAUUUUAAAUUAAUAAUCAAUUUAUUAGAUUUUGAUGAAUAUAAAUCAAUUAAAAGGACAUCUACAUUAAAGGAAUUCAAACCAAAAGAGGAAUAUGAUCCAGCUAAUAGAAGAGUUAAGGAAUUAUAUGGAAAUGAAAUUGGUAAAGAACAUUUACCAACAUAAAAAGUUUAAUUAGAAGAAAAAAAAGAAACUGUUAAAAAGUAAUAAUAAUAAGAUGUUGAUCCAUAACAAAGAAAAUAAUUAGAAAAUUCAUCUAAUGUUUUUGGAUAAAAUGAAAAGAAAGCUUAUUAAUAAUAAGGUAAGUAAGAAAAAUUAACUUCCCAAAAUUAAAAAUGGUCUACUACUAGUAAGGCUGUUGAUAAUAGUGGUAAGAAUUAUGAUCCAGAUACAUUUGCAAAGAAUAAAAAAGAACAAGAAUUGUAAUCUAGUGUAUUUGGUGGUGAAUCAAAAUAAACACAAAGUACAGCUACAAAAUAAAAAUUAAUUCCUACAAAUUAAACAUGGCAAUAAACUGAUACUGUUAAAAAUAUGAAAGAUUUCGAUCCCUCAUAAUCAUAAUUAAAUGAAAUUGAUCCUUCAUAAAAGAAAAUAGAUACAUUAAAAUCAGCAUUAGAUACUCAUGAUUAUAAGGCAUAACCUGUUAAACAUAAUGAAAAGCUAAGUGUGAAAUAAUAGAAAUAUAAAAAGGACGUAUUUACAAGAGGAGGGGAUAAAGAUUAAGCCCCUUCUCAAUAAAAAUAAAAAUAACCAGCUUAAUAAUAAUAACAAUAGAAAGAAAUACAUGAAUAAUCAGAUAUGAUUUGA